CAAAAAACAUGUCUGCGCCCUUCAGCGUGUGGAUAUAGGAGCUAACUUUUUAUAACAAGCGUUAACAGCGGGAUAGUAGACAGUAUUUGAACAUUUUUUUUGCCUAAAUCCUGUUUAGUUUUAGCCACGUAGAUAUGUGCUAUAAUAUGAAAUCAAAUACCCGUGAAUUUUGAGUUUGUCAUUUGAUUUCUAGAUCACAUUAGCUCGAUGGAAACACAUAGUGUUGUAUUUACCUUUUUAAAAAAAGGUUGUACUUAUGUUUUGUAGGUUGAUGGUACGACUUAGUUGCACAAACCCAAGGCUUUUAAAUUCCUUGUUUCCUUCCGCGGUUAUACUGUUACGGUUAUAUUGUGGGAGGUUACAAGGUGGAGCUUUCAUAAAAUCGGAAAUUUAAACAGAGUAAUCGACUUCUUAUUGUAUCAUAUAAACGCCGAAUUCGAUAAUGUCAUCAUUGCUUACAGUCAAUAUUAUAAUAUAGCUAUUGUAGGUUAUUUCUCUUUAUUUAAAAAUGAUAAUAUGUCAAAUCAUGUAGUGUUUGAACGAAAUUUGUUCCGAACGUUCCUUCAGGACUAGAGAGUUGGAUGUAUCAAAGCCAAGUCACACUGAAAUAAUUUUUUUUUUUUUACACUUCUGCAUAACCAAAUCUGAAAUGGCUUACAGAAGAUUACCAAAUCUUCUUCCAAAAGGAAAGCAGUAUGUCUUUAAUCUGUGGUUACCCCGUUUUGAAAAACCACAACACAUCAUCAGCCGAAUGGUUAGUUUUCAAAGACAUGCCAGUAAUUGCUUUGGCAGAACCACAAGAACUCUUCACACCAGUUCACCUUUGAUGGAGAAGCUGCUGUCGGUGGAGGAACUUUUUGCGAGGAGGUCUCUACAGGAGCACCUGAAGAAGUUGGAAAUAGAGUACGGUGAAUGUUUACAAGCAGUCAGCGGCAGCGUGACAGAGGUGCAGUGCAGUGAAAACGAACUCAGAGCCAAGAGGAUCAAAGUGUCAAGGCUGGCUCCCCUGGUCCAGAGCAUCCGAGAGCUGGACACUAAACAAAAAGAGAUGUCAGAGACCAAGAUGCUCCUGAAAGAUGAGGACCCAGCCCUGCGAGAACUCGCGGAGCUGGAGACAGAAGACUGUUUGCAAGACAUUCAAGACCUCAGACAAAAGAUCCUUGACCUGUUGAUCCCUGACGAGGAGGCUGAUCUGAGUGACCUCGUCCUGGAGGUCACAGCUGGUGUCGGUGGUCAGGAGGCCAUGCUGUUCACUGCAGAGGUGUUUAACAUGUACCAGGGCUUUGCUCAGCAUCAAGGCUGGUCCUUCGACAUCCUGGAACACAUGACUAGUGAUAUAGGUGGACUACGCCAUGCCUCUGCCAGUAUCAGCGGCCCUCAGAGCUACAAGAGGAUGAAGUUUGAGGCUGGAGUUCAUCGGGUUCAGAGGGUUCCCAAGACUGAAAAGCAGGGCCGCAUGCACACCAGCACCAUGACUGUGGCUGUUCUUCCGCAACCCACUGAGAUCUCUUUCACAAUAAACUCGAAGGACCUGAGGAUCGACACAAUGAGAGCUAGUGGAGCUGGAGGUCAACACGUCAACACCACUGACAGUGCAGUCAGAAUUGUCCAUCUUCCAACAGGCUUGGUUGCAGAGUGCCAGCAGGAGCGAUCCCAGCUGAAGAAUAAGGAGAAAGCCAUGAAGGCCCUGAGAGCAAAACUGUACGCCAUGAAGCUGGAGGAGGAAACCAGCAAACGCUUCAACCAGAGGAAAAUACAGAUUGGCACCAGAGGCAGAUCGGAGAAGAUACGCACCUACAACUUCGCUCAGGAUCGCAUAACAGACCACCGGAUCGGCAUGACGUUGCACGACGUUAAGGGCUUCCUGCUGGGAGAGGAUCUGCUGGAGGAGAUGAACUCCUCACUGCACGAGUUCUCCAACCAAGAGGCGCUCAUAGAACUGCUAGAAGAAAGCAGCCAGGAACGCUGACGAGUUCGACCCUGAUGAGAGAGGAGGCUUCUUGCUGCAUGUUUUAGCAAAGCACUGUGGAAUAUUUGUCAUUCCUUCUCCAAUUUAAACUCUGCUGGGAAAACGAAGAGGAAAAAGACCACAAUGGGGCGUAAUUCUUAAACAUAUUUAAUAUAUAUGUGGUAAAAUAAAGUGACUGUAUAAGUUCUGCGA